GUUAAUUCGGAGCAUUAUAUUGAUUUUGUUGUUUUCUCCGAAUAUUAAAACCUGGUUUUAAUUCUCCUUUUGAAUUGUUUACCACUUUUUUAUGAGAUUAUGUCCAUUUUUUAUUUUUCACGCCUUCGAUCGUCAUAAGAACACAACUCGUUCCUCUUGACCAUCUCAACAAAAGGAAACACUCCAAGCUCUCUCUCUCUCUCUCUCUCUGUCUGCUUAUACUCCCUUCGUUCCUUCAGUAACUUAAAGCCAACAACUCCUUCAACAUCAUUCAAUCAACUCCCAUCUUCAACUUGGCUUGCCUUCGAAUCCUCAAACUACCGUCCUUGGGGCGAUUCACUUGCCGACCCCGUCCAAAGACUCGACAAGCAUCUCUUCAGAAGCCUGAACACUCAUCCCGAUCUCAAAUUCAAUUAUCCACUUCCAUCAUGGCUGACAUCAGUUCCAGUUGGCGAUCGAAUUCCAAUCGAAACACGGCGCUCUACCCAACUGCCGAUCAUUCUCAUCAUAACCCUUAUAGUGAGAUCAACAAUCAAUACUAUUCCCAGCAAGCUCAUCCGCCAAGGGCCAGCAACGGGAAAGGACGGGGAAGAGGGAAAGCUAAACGUUCAGGGGGUCCGCAACGCCCAAACUUCUCCCAUCUCCCUCACCUUGGUUAUCCAAUCUACAACUCCCAAGAGAUCCGAAAAUUUUGGACUGCCAACCUUCCACCCCGGCCUGAGUGGAGUCAAAACCCUAAAGGUAUCCUCAACAACUUUUGCCAACACCUUACGCACCCUCUCCCCAAGUACCACUCUCAGCAAGUCAUUCUUCCUGGAUUUACACAGCCUUUAUUCCGUGCAACUGUUCAUCUUGAGAUUGCACCCGACAUAGUAGGAAUUGGGGACGAUCUUAGUAAAAAAGAAGCUGAGAAAAUCGCUGCCCUCUCAGUAUGUUUUCAGCUUGGUAUGAAGAAUAUGUUUGAUGAAAAUAAUCUACCGGUCUCAUCCUUGAAUGCGCCGCCGGAUGGAAAACCUCGAAAUUUGAUGCCUGACGGCACCCAACUCACACUGGACCAAGCCAAAGCUUACAUGAGUUUUUACUGUCGCAAGUUCAACUUUGGCAGCCCUGAGAUUCAGUACGAGAAUGGAAAAAAAGGUCGUCCAACCUGGAUAGCUACGAUUUUCGUGGGUGGUCGAAAGAUCGGACUCGGCCACGCUGUUAACAAAAAGGACUCGCUCAAUGAGGCUUAUAUAGACACUGUCGUCUAUCUAGGGGAAUGCGAUCCUGACCUCUGGGUAGAAUUCCGCCAAAGUGCCGAAAGUCAAGAGGCCGCUGCCGGUGGGACCAUUCCCGCAGUUGUCUUCAAGCUAAGCAACCAGACAGAACAAGAUCUGCGUCAAAUCGUGUAUUCUUCCAUGGAUUGCGAGCUCUAUCGACGCGCCAAGACCUUACUCGAACGUACUCGUGGAUCUGCUUCCGCCCCUCAUCAAGCUAAUCAAGGUACUGCCAAUAACCCUAGCCGCAAAAACCAAACCAACAAUACUAGUAACUCUCGCCAAUCGGCCCUCAAGGAGAAAUCAUCUGCCCUCAGAGACCGGCUAGAUGCUUAUCAGACCAACACUUCACCUGAAGUUGUCAAAUUGCGAGAACAACGUCAAAGUCUACCUGUAACUGCUCACUCUUCCGUGGUAUCCUCUGCCCUGGCUUCCAACCCCAUCACGAUCCUAAUGGCGGCCACUGGAUCUGGAAAAACGACUCAAGUUCCCCAACUUAUUCUGGACGAAGCAACUAUGAAAGGGGAAGGCGCAAAAUGCAAUAUCAUCUGUACACAGCCUCGGAGAAUUGCUGCCAUCAGUGUGGCACAACGAGUUGCCGCUGAAAGAAAUGAAAAGCUCUCGGAAUCAGUCGGCUAUCAGGUUCGGUUCGAAUCAAAGCCGCCGACCCCAGAUGGUAGCAUCUUAUUUUGUACCACUGGGAUUUUCCUCAGGAGACUUCAGAAUGAUAUGGAUAGUGCGACCGGGGGAUUUCUGGAUUCGAUCACUCAUAUUGUUGUCGAUGAAGUUCAUGAACGCGAUAUCGAGACCGAUUUGUUGUUGUUUUGUCUGCGCCGGGUACUUAAAGAUAGAAAAGAAAAAGGAAAAUCGGAGAUCAAGGUCUUACUAAUGUCCGCCACUGUAGACCCCACAUUGUUUGAGCAAUACUUCUCUGACGGUAAUGGCGGUAAACCAGCCCCAGUCAUCUCGAUUCCUGGACGAUCAUUUCCGGUUGAAAAACAUUAUUUGGAAGAAGUUCAUCGUGAUCUUCGUCAGCUCAACCUUCCAACUGCUCGCGGUGGUUGGGUUUGGGGAGACCCCAAAGUGCAAAAAUACACACAGCGAGAAUUACAAGAGCCCCUAGCCCUAGACCCAGUUACUGGAAAGUCUCUACGUGACAGCGAUGAUUUGGAAAUGCCGUUUGCACUCAUAGCCCUAGUUGUUGCCUGGGUUUUGUCUAAAUCUUCAGAAGGUCAUGUCUUAGUUUUCUUGCCCGGAUGGGAAGAAAUCAAAGGCGUUCAAACCAUUCUCACCGAUCCAAGACAAUUCCCAUUGCUCAAUCUAAAUUUCAACGACUCGUCAAAGUUUGAAGUUCAUGUGCUACAUUCAGCCAUUCCGGUCGCUGACCAGCAACUAGUUUUCUCGCCCCCGCCUAAAGGCGUCAGGAGAGUGAUCCUCUCUACUAACAUAGCGGAGACAUCCGUUACCAUCCCAGACGUUGUGUUUGUUGUGGAUACUGGGAAGAUCAAGGAGAAAAGGUUUGAUCCUGAGCGUCAUCUAUCAUCUUUGAUCACAGCCUGGGUGGGUACCUCCAACCUCAACCAACGAGCUGGGCGAGCAGGACGACAUCGUUCCGGAGAUUAUUAUGGGUUACUUAGCAAGAGACGUUAUGACGCUCUGAAUAUUCACUCCACUGUGGAAAUGAAACGGACCGACUUGAGCAAUCUGGUCAUGCAUGUCAAAGCUCUCAAUUUCCCCAACAUGGAAGCCGAAGAUGUUCUGGCGCAGACAAUCGAGCCCCCUGAGAGGGAGCGAGUAUCGGCGGCGAUGUCACAUCUACAAUCUAUUGGUGCACUCGAUCGACAUAAAGAUUUGACCGCGCUUGGUCGAGUUUUACUUCAAUUGCCAGUCGAGGCCCAAAUAGGCAAACUGCUUCUACUGGGCUCUUUUUUCAAAUGUCUAGAGCCAGCUCUCAACUUGGCAGCCAUUCUCACCAACCGAGAUCCAUUUCUCUCGCCACCGGCAGCCAAGGCUGAAGCCGAUCGAGUUAAAUCUUCCUGGGCUCCGCUUGAAUUCAGGUCAGAUCCCUUGGCUUCUUUGGCUGCAUUCAAAGCCUGGUCGAAUCUGCAUGCAGCAGGAGACAACUACAAGACAAACAAAUUUACGAAUGAGAAUUUCCUUUCGAGGCCGGCAUUAUUUCAAAUCGCUCAAGUCAAAACUCACCUUCUCGCCUCGCUGCGACGUGCAGGUGUCCUGGCAAUCAGUGGCGGCGGAGGGCAGAGCGAUAAUCACUACAGCCGACGCAACGAUAUUCCACCCCAUCUGAACAAAAACUCUGACAGUUUACCUCUCGCUGCUGCAUUGAUCGCUGUCGCUGUAGCCCCGAAUUUUGCUGUAAGGAAGAGUGCAAGAGUUUUUGCGACAGAUAAAGAUAGAACAUGUAUCAUCCAUGCCUCUAGUGUGAACUCUUAUAAGAAGCAAGCGGCCGCCGGGGAUGACAUUCCUUUACAAAAUGAGCGACAACUAUUUGCGUUUGGCGAGAAAAGCUUGUUACCCCAACGACCAGGUGAGAAGGGCAAGGAACAGAUGUCACUACGCGCAACAACACGAUUAGAUCCAUUAGGGUACAUGCUCUUUGGUGCGCGUCAGCUUCAACCGUACCCAUCUGGUUUGCGAUGCGAUGGAUGGCUCCCGAUCACUGGCAAUGCAGGUGCACUGGAUGAUGUUGAGCGAUUGAAGCACGUACUUGAUGCUUCCCUAUUGAGAGUCUUUGACGGACUACUAGCACAGACGAUCGAAAAUAAUCCACGAUUGCCGAAGCGUCGAGCACGUGUCGUUCUGCCACCACCCAAGAGAAUUAGCGCGGCUGCCAAGAAGGCUCAAGAAGCUGAUGAGGAAGAAUCAGUUGAUUCGGAAUUUGAGGUAGACGAAGAAGAAGAUCAAGACGAGGUAGUGCCGGUGCAAUUCGGAAAACUGACGCAUGGGGAGAUCCAAGAUUUACAACGAUUAACAGAAGAGGUAGUCUCCUUAUUAAACAAAUAUUCCGAAGAAAGAUUAGCGACGGAUGUCAAUACGUCUAGAGCACCAAGCCGACCCGACAGUCGAGCGACCAACCGGCCGUUAAUCAAUCGUUUACAACCCAUGGGAUAUGGAUCCGAAGGCGGAGGCGUUCAUGGAGGGAAUUCGAGUGCUGGUCCGAGUCGCCCUGGCAGUCGAUUGACCAACCAAAUUGAGCCUUCCAACACCCAUCCAGCUCAGCAAUCUUCCUGGAACCAUCCCGGCCCGGCUAUCCAACAUGGCGUGCCAUCUAAAUUGCCCCCCGGGGUAGGCUAUAUGAAUUGGAGUAACGGUGUCAGCUCGUUCCCUCCCCCUCCCCCUCCUGCAUCUUCUCAAGGUGGUACUUGGCAACAACAACAACAACAUCCUCUACAACAGCGAAAUCCUCAUCCCUCUUCUUCUUCUGCAAGGUGGCGAUAAUCCAUUUUUUUUCUUUUCAUCGCUCUGCGCUCAUGCAUACUAUACACAAUAUAUAGCUUGUUUUUAGUGGUCUUACAACAGCAUUUUUUUUAUCUUUGAACUACUUUUUUUUUCUUUUCUUUUGGUCAUAGAUUUUUCUUUUUCUUUCUUUAUCUCAUGUCUUCACUCCUAACAAGAUAGAUUAUUUUGUUUUUGCUUUGUUUUUCAAAAGAAAGUAAUGAACAAAGUAAAGACUUUUUCCCUCUUCUUUUUCGUGUUGAUCAAUUAGACUACACAAACUGAAACAAGCCAACAUACAUACACACAGCCAG